CCGUAUCACUCUAUAUCAAUACAUUCUAUAUUGGACAGAAUUACCAGCAGACCUGAAUGGCUGAGCCGGCCGACCUUAAUUCGAUUUUAUAGUAUAAAUUACCACCACCGUACUGUUCUGAAGUCACACUGAGUGAUACUGUCGAGUACUUUGUGACGCAUUGGCCCUGGAAGAUUGAGUGCGGAUAUUAUUGAUAAAGCAGUCGAUCACGCAAGAUGGGCGGGGUAACAGAUCAUCUCCCCGCACCGUUCGCAGAUGAAGAGAUCUUCUCUCUUCUAGAUUCCAUCUCUCUUCCCCAACCGAUCUCGAUCGAGCCGUUAAAAGUUACAGCAGCUUUCCAUACGAUUUACAUCCUUACUUAUGCCCCAGAAGCCAUUUCGCAGGUGUACCGUGGAACCUCCAUAAAGUCUACAACAGAGCCUUUCGAUCUCGUCCUCCGUAUCGCUGGCGACCAUAUUCCACACAUCAAGACCGAGAAUGAAGCCGCGGUACUCAAAUGGUUACGACAAAAUACGGGCAUCCCAGUCCCAGACGUGAUUGCAUACGAUGUCUCGACGCAAAACUCACUACAUCGCGAAUUCAUUAUCCUGAACCGAUGUCCGGGCGUGCCCAUCUCCGAUAUCUACGAUUCGCUCACGCCUGGACAAUUAGAGUCUAUUUUGAAGCAACUCAUGGAGAUAUUGAAGGAGCUUCAUUCUCAUCCCUUUGACUCCAUCGGAGGACUCACUCAUGCUCCUAGUGACCCAGAGACAAUCAGACCCGGCCCUAUCCUCGACGAGUGGUUCUGGUUUGAGCCAGACAUCAAGACUCACUUCCCGCCCAGCGAAACGUAUACCACAAUAAACAUAUCGGGCCCCUUCCCAUCGUAUACGUUUUACAUUGCUACACUGGUCGAGAAAUACGUACGUAUCGCUCGUAUGCACCCGUCUCUCGACUUUCUGAGACCACUUCUUCCACGCCUCUCUGCCUUCAUCUCAAGACUACCUGCACAUGCAGCGACCCUGGAUAAUGUCCCCAUCCGCCUAGCACACAAAGACCUCCACUUCGCCAAUAUCCUCUACCAUCCUACCACAGAACGCAUCACUGCCAUUCUGGAUUGGGAGUUCUCCGGGACGGUUCCGUUUCCGCUCUGGGAUCCGCCGCGGGCGUUCCUCUGGAAUUGUCGAGACGGAGAGGAAUCUUAUAAUGAGAAGAACAGGCUGAGAGAGCGGUUCGCACAGAUGUGUCGCGAAGAGGGAGGGGAGUAUCUGGUAAAGGAUGCUGAGUUCACGAGCGAAAGUCAAGAGAAGGCGUACAAGGUGGCGAAUUUGAUGAGAUGGUUUACUUCAUUUGUCCCGAAGGGGCGAUUUGUGGAUCGAGUAGACGGGUGGAUGGUAGAGUUGGCAAAGGAGUUGGAGGCCUUUGGUGUCUAGGCAGACAUCUGUCCUGAAUCAUGAUCAAGCAAAUGCAUGUAUAGUUGUAACGGACUUACCACACGGUACAGGCCAGAGUAAUCAGGCAAAGAUGUACUGUAAGAAACAAAACCCGUC